UUUGUCCCCAUCUCCCUCUAUCUCUGUGCUUGUAUAGGGAGAGAUCAGACAGGAACGGAACUGUCCCGUGUCACACCGAUCACGUCCUUCACGAACCUCUGAGCGCCACGAACCUUCUUGAUACCAAAAGGGAGUGCUCCAAACACAGCGACAGCCGAGGCAGGCCGUCGAAUUGCUGGCAGCUUUGCUGAUAUUGGGUUUGGAUUCCCGAUGGACCAGGCGGAGUUAACCACCGAGCAGGUGUUGAAAAGGGACAUCCCAUGGGAGACAUACAUGACGACGAAGCUGAUUACGGGGACGUGCCUUCAGCUGUUAAGGCGUUAUGACAAAAGAGCGGAAAGCUAUCGUGCUCAGCUACUCGACGAUGAUGGACCGGCUUAUGCACGGGUAUUUGUUAACAUAUUGCGCGACAUUUUCAAGGAAGAAACAGUAGAAUAUGUUCUAGCUCUAAUUGAUGAGAUGCUCACAGCAAACCCAAAAAGAGCCAGACUAUUCCAUGACGAGUCUCUUGCGAAUGAAGAUACUUAUGAACCUUUCCUGAGAUUGCUCUGGAAAGGGAACUGGUUCAUACAAGAGAAGUGUUGUAAGAUACUCUCUCUGAUAGUGAGUGCCAGGCCAAAAACAAGUGAUAGUUCAAAAAGAGGAUUCACCACCAUAGAUGAUGUGCUGAAAGGACUUGUAGAUUGGCUAUGUGCACAGCUUAAGAAACCUUCCCACCCUACUCGGGGCAUUCCUACUGCAAUUAACUGCCUUGCAACAUUGCUUAAGGAACCUCUGGUCAGAUCAUCUUUUGUUCAAGCAGAUGGCGUUAAACUGUUGGUUCCUUUCAUAUCCCCAGCAUCUACACAGCAAUCGAUCCAGCUUCUUUAUGAGACUUGUCUGUGUAUAUGGCUAUUAUCAUAUUAUGAACCUGCCAUAGAGUACUUGGCAACAUCCAGGACACUUCCGCGACUUAUUGAUGUUGUUAAAUGUUCCACAAAAGAGAAGGUCGUCAGGGUUGUCAUUUUGACAUUUAGGAAUUUGCUGCCCAAAGGGACAUUUGGUGCCCAGAUGGUAGACCUUGGACUACCUCAGAUUGUUCAAAGCUUAAAAUCCCAGGCAUGGAGUGAUGAGGAUCUACUGGAGGCUCUAAAUGAGUUGGAAGAAGGAUUGAGAGAUAACAUUAAGAAGCUGAGUUCUUUUGAUAAGUACAAACAAGAAGUCCUUCUUGGCCAGCUUGACUGGUCUCCUAUGCACAAAGAUCCCAUCUUUUGGCGUGAGAACAUCACAGGCUUUGAAGAGAGUGAUUUCCAGAUUUUGAGGGUCCUUGUGACAAUUUUGGACUCCUCAAGUGAUGCAAGGGCUUUGGCUGUCGCUUGCUUCGACCUUUCGCAGUUCAUCCAAUACCACCCGGCCGGAAGAAUAAUAUUGUCUGAUUUGAAGGCAAAGGACCGGGUCAUGAAGCUUCUGAAUCACGAUAAUGCAGAGGUCACAAAAAAUGCCCUUCUGUGUAGCCAAAGGCUUUUCUUAGGUGCCAAGUACGCAAGCUUUUUACAGGCCUAAGCGAAUCCCAAGCAGGCGAUCUUGCAGGAGUACUUGACUGCUUGUGCUUUCUUGUUUAUUGGAUGUUAUCGUCGAGAUGAUCGAUGUAUUGUUUAGUUAUUUGAAUGCCUGGGUCUCUAUUUUGGCUGGGAUAACAUAUGUAAACUUUGAGAGCUGUUCAUUUUAUCGGACCUGGAGCGUGUGGUGAAUAAGUGGUUGUCUUUGAAGUA